AUGGCUGAAUCAAUUGUACCAUCUUGUUGUUAUAAUAUAAUUAUUAUCGCAAUAUUUAGAAAUUGUAAUCAAGUAGAUGACGAUAUUUUUAAUGAAAUUACACCCAAUGCGCAAAAAUUAUGUACUCAAGCUAUGUCAUAUUUGUUUGAAAUAUAUUAUAAUAAAAAUGUUGAUUUAAAGGGAGCUGGUUGUCUAUUUCUCUAUUAUUCGUUAUACAAUGAAAGUAUUAAACACGGGAAAAAGAGUAGCAAUAUAAAACAACUUCAUGAUAAAUUUAUCGAUAUAUAUAAUAAAAUUCAUUAUGGUAAUACUAUAGAAAAGGCUUAUUACAAAGAUAUAAAUAAUGAUGUUGUUAAUAAUCUUUCAGUUAUAUACAAAGUAUUUUCUUGUAUUAAUAAUACAGAAGUUAGUGAUAUAUCUACUGAUGGCAAGAAUUUUUGUGAUGCUGUAGAAAUCAUUAAAAAUGAAUAUAAUUUAAUAAUACUAGAAAAAGGUAGUGAAACUAGUAAACAACAAAUAUCAGAAUAUUGUCAAUCUAAUAUUAAAAUACCUAUUAUAAUUACAAUCCUUGUGUUACUAAUACCAUCUUUUCUUCUAUUUAUUUUAUAUAAGUUCACACCAUAUGGCUCAUACAUUCUGUCUGCUAUAAAAUGGAAAAGAAAAGUGUACAAUAAUACAGAUAAAGAAUGGAAUAUAAUGCAAUCAUCUGAAAAUUUCAACGAUCUUCCAAGAAAUAUGCAAUAUAAAAUGUCCUACAACUCAGAUAAGUUGUAG